CAGAAGACCAUGUCCGCCGUCACAGGAGAGCCGUCCUCACCUCUGCUCUCGUUUAAAACUCAUUCUCCAUGAAAUAACAGGAACGCGCGGCCUCCAGCAUGGCCAACUCGGGUGCUGUUCAGGUGAAAUUAGAACUUGGUCACCGUGCCCAAGUGAGAAAGAAACCCACAGUGGAAGGCUUUACCCACGACUGGAUGGUGUUUGUCCGAGGACCAGACCACGGCAACAUUCAGCACUUUGUGGAGAAAGUAGUUUUUCACCUGCACGAAAGUUUCCCUAAGCCAAAAAGAGUGUGCAAGGAUCCGCCGUACAAAGUGGAGGAGUCCGGAUACGCAGGCUUCAUCUUGCCUAUUGAAGUUUACUUCAAAAACAAGGAAGAACCCAAGAAAGUUCGCUUUGACUACGACCUGUUCCUCCACCUGGACGGCCACCCGCCUGUCAAUCACCUCCGCUGUGAGAAGCUCACCUUCAACAACCCAACAGAGGAGUUUCGUAGGAAGCUGCUGAAAGCCGGAGGGCAACGGGAUCCUCACAAACGAAGUUCAGAAGACUCAAAAGUGAUGGUAAUGCAGGAAGGCUCCACCUCGCUGUUCGGCCAGCACCUGAAGCUGCCUACACUUCCCAACAGCUCGCUGACGUCCAACUUCUCUGACCCGAAGAAGAGUAAAAGCUUCCUCGGGUCAAAGGAUGGCUCCAAAGGAAGUGGGACGACGCUUCUCACCACUGCCACAACCACCAGCACCAACAGCAGCAGCUUCUCCAAACUAUACAAACCAUCCAAGGACCACAAAGACAAGCCUCCGAAAGACUUGAAAGAGCCCAAAAGUGCCUUCAGAGACUCUGGCUGGGAGACCAGCAAAGCCCCCAAAGAACCUUCCAGGAAACCCAAAGAGAACCAGCCACUUAGAGAUCCUAAGAUGGGCUUCAAGGAACCCAAGUCUCUGUCCAAGGAGCAUCGAACUGAGGGUAUCACGCAUGGGUCGGGGAUAAACAAACGUCUGUCCACCCUCGACACUGACGAUCACAUGGCCAAAAAACGCAAAAAGGGAUUUGUGGAUUCAUCGGGGAAGCAGACGUCGGUUCCCGAUGCUCCACAUUUGGACAAGAAACUUUUGAAGGAUAGAUCGCAAAUGCGAACGAUCAAAUUGCGGCCAGAAGGCGAGGACGCGGAGUGCAAGAAGGUGCCGGCGCUUCCUCCAUUCCAGGAACUCGUGGAUCCCAAUGACUCUGAUAUGGAGGACCAAUCCAACAAGUCAGAUUCCGAACAGCCCAGUCCAGCCAGCUCCAGCUCCAGUUCAGGCUUUGCUCCCAGCCACCACAAACGACAAGUUGUGGACUUCAUCAUCAGGAAACGGGUGGCUCUCCCUGCCCCCACCCACACAGUGUUGGGCCCGCUGCAGUCAGUCAUGCAGGACCUUCACUCCGACGACCACGACGAGGACUCGGAGGACGACGAUGACAACGACAUGGACUCGGACAUGGAGCGACUGGCGCACACACACAUCACACAUCACCAGCGCAGGGUCAGUUUAAGUGACGGCAGUGAGAGUGACAGCUCCUCGCCUUCACCCCCCUCCCGCAACGAAGCUCCGCCCUUAUUAAAGACUACUAACAACCAGAUCCUGGAAGUGAAGAGUCCCACCAAGCAGAGCAAACAGGACAAGAGCAAAAACCUAGACUGUGAUAAGGCUUACCUGGACGAGCUGGUGGAGCUGCACAAAAGACUCAUGACACUAAGAGAAGGUCACAUACUGCAACAGAUCGUGAACCUGAUCGAAGAGACGGGACACUUUCACAUCACAAACACUACAUUUGAUUUCGACCUUUGCUCCUUGGACAGAAGUACAGUCAGGAAACUCCAGAGUUACCUGGAAACCUCCGGCCUGUCCUGAGGCCCUGAGCAGCAGCUGGCUGCUGGAUCUCUGUCGCCACUUUUGAUUUUUUCUGACGUUUCUUGAAUUAAAAAAAAACACAAAAAAAAAAAAGAACUCCUUUUGGAUGCAAUGCAAAACGCCUCCCGCUCUGGCUGGGUCCAGCUACUGUGUGUGUGUGUGUGUGUGUGUGUGUGUCCAGCUCCUGCUUGUUGGAACGGGGCUCUCUGAGCGAAGAGCUCGUCCCACUGCAGAGAGCAGAGCCAGGUGUGGUGGGAAUGAGCGCGGUGGAUCAGGAGAUCACCUAGAAAGCCUUGAAAAAAAAAAAAAAAAAAGGAGUGUGGAGUGACGACCGUGUUGCUCUUAAUGAAUGUGCAUAUUGUUACCAUGUAUGUUCCUUGAUUUGUUGUACAUUGUGACAAAUGCAUGGUCAGCGUUGCCUUACAAAAAAAAUUGUCUUAUUUAUUGAAUUUAAUUUGCAGGCGUGUGUGCGUGUGUGUGUGUGUGUAUUUGAAAUGGCGAAAAAAAUGAAAAGCAGCAGAAUGAGACUUUUGUUAAAGCACUUCAUAACACGUACAGUACCACAUCAUGGAUAUAUCACUCAACAUGUUACGGACUUGAAUUAAAACCAAAUCAGACUGGGGAGCAAAAAAAAAAAAAACUGCCGCAGCAGGUGUGAUUUUUCUUUUCCAAUUCUGUCAUUUUUUAAAUUUGCAAUUUACACAAUGUGAACGCUUGAGCUGGAGAUAAUGGCCUCUCUGCAACAGUGAGAAAAUAUAGAAACAUGAUCGGGCGAUAACCCCGUCCCUUUUGUAGCUCCGUCUCUCAAAGGAAAAUGAUGUUUUAAUUUUUUUUUAGCCCCGUCUUUCCAAACCAAAAUAUUGGGCUUUAACCCGAUCUUGUUAAAUCGGGUAAAGCCCGACCCUGGCAGACCCUGGAGAGCAAGUUUUAAAAAAAAAUUGCAUUCUUACCCCCAACUACCAAAUGUAUUUAAAGAUGUCGUCAACAAAGAUCAAUGAUUAUGUGUUGAGUUUUACAAAUGCGGAUAAUAAUCAAUAAUCAUUUCGAAAAAUUGAUGGUCAAGUCGGCUUUUAACCUGAUCCUUCAUCUCUCAAAAAGAAAAAAAUAUGUUUUCAUGUUGUAGAACCGUCUUUCCAAACCAAAAGGUCGGGCUUCAACCCGAUCUUCUUGUAGCUCUGUCCUCAAAAACAACAUUUAUUUCUUUGUUUUUCUGUCACUCAGUCUUUCAAAGAUGAAAGAUGCACGGAGCUCCAAGAAUGAACAGGAUCGGGCUCUAACCCGAUCCUGGCAGUUCAUUUAUGGAUGGAUAUCAUCCACAAAGAUCAGUGUGUAUGUGUUAAAUUUUGAGGAUAAUAUCAUGGGUAUGUAAUGAAUCUUUCAAACGUGUUGACAAAAUGCUGACGGUAAAAACACAAUUUAUUCAUUUUUUUGCAGCCUUUUCUUUUGGGUUUUUUGAAAGAUAGGGUAUAAGAUCGAGUUAAAGCCUGACCUUUGGCGACGUAUAAUAUUUCUGUUUGGAACAGAAGGUUGCUGUUGAACUGCAACCCUCAACUGCAUAUUUAUUUGACGAUGUCAUCGGCAAAGAUCGGGCGACAAAAAAAACGGAACAGGAAGAGGAUCGGGUGAAAGCCCGAUCCUGUCGCCGAAUAAUGAUUUAUGAACUCUUAUCCUGUGGUUUAUUGAUAAUGAACUCUACAAAGACCAUGCAAGGUAGUGGUUUACAUGUUCAAAUGUGGACGACAACGCACAUUUCCAAUAACUCGCUGUAAAGUGGACAUUUUCGUCUCGUUUGUGUCUCGGUGAAUGGUUUUCAGUUUGAAUGUGUUUUGCAAAAAGGCCGCAUGAUUCUUAUGCUGAGCAUUUUUGUUAUAUACGGGGCUUUAAAAUCCCACCUUUUCUUAAAUGUCCUUUCAAAGAACACUUGUGUUCAAAAUGUGUAUUUCAAUCGUUGGAUUCAAUGGAACGGGACUCGUAAAACUCAUUUGACCUUUUCUUUUCCGAGCGCAAUGACUCUGCUUCAUUUUUGCUGACUCAUUCUCUGCUACUGUGUCGAAAGUCAAAUCAGGGGAUUCACUUAGUUCACUCAUGUUCAUCUACGGAAUACGAUUGAAAUGAAAUCAUAUCUUUGCCUUUGGGGAAGAAAUGACUCAGCAUUUCUGAAAAGGUAACGCUAACGGAGGAGAGUUUUUAAAAAAAAAACAGCCAAAUGCUAAUUUUUUUGACUGACGGCUUCUGUUACGGGUCUUAAGAAGAAAAAAACAAGGUAUUUUAUUUAUUGUGUUAAAGUUUCAGUCGCUCAACCAAAUCUCAAGCGCAAACCUUCAACAGAGGACAAACGGGUGGUCCUUUCCAAAUGACCUUAAAGGGGUUUUACCCUGUCUUAUAGUUUCUUGUGUACUUUGAGGACAUACAAUAAAUAUACUGUAUGAUGUACAGAUGAGUUGCUAA